AUACAUACUCUUUCAACAAUACCCCAUUCAAUAUUCAUCCAAAGCUUAUAUUCUCUUAUCUCAUAUUCAUCAUCCAACCAACAAAACAAACAAAAACGAACAAUUUUUUUUUCUUGAAUUUGUUCGAGUUUAUUCACUUUAAUUGAUUAUAAUUUUGUAAAGAUGAUUUCUUCAUGGAGGAGGAAAAGGGCGGGCCGAGGCAGGGUUGGCGGUGAAAGUGGGUUGCAUAAGAAACCGACGGAGCUAAUAGUUCCGACCCAUUUUCGGUGUCCGAUAUCCUUAGAUAUGAUGAAGGAUCCUGUGACUUUGUCAACGGGUAUCACGUACGAUCGUGAAAAUAUAGAAAAAUGGAUAGAGGCUGGUAACGUAACAUGUCCUAUGACCAAGUCCGUUUUAAAAACAUUUGAGCCUAUUCCAAAUCAUACCAUACGUCGUAUGAUCCAAGAUUGGUGCGUGGAGAACCGUUCACACGGUAUCGAACGUAUUCCCACACCUCGUAUUCCGAUCAGUUCGGAUGAGGUGGGAUCAAUCUUGGACAAAAUCUCGACGACUCGAAAUCCACAAGAGUGUCGUAAUUUGGUGGAGAAAAUAAGUAAAGCAAUAAAAGAGAGUGAAAGGAAUAAAAAAUGCAUUGUUGGUAAUGGAGUUGGAAAAACAUUAGCCCUUGUAUUUCAAUCAUUUGCAGAUGGCGAGGGCGAAAUUGUCAUUUCACUAUUAGAAGAAAUUAUGGUAGUUCUCAUCUCAAUAACUCCCUUAGAAUCACAAGCGGAGAUUCGUCUUAGUUCACCAAAAUCUCUAGAGCGUUUGGUCUUGUUCCUUAAGCGAGGAAGUUUAUCGAGCAGGCGAAGCGCGGUUUUAAUCCUUAAAGACCUCGUUUCGAGCCAUAAAGAUGAUCAAGAUAAAGUUGUUGAUGCAUUAACAACCCUAGACGAAACAAUUGAGUCCUUAGUCAAAUUAGUUAAAGAACCAAUUUGUCCAUCUUCUACUAAAGCUUCUCUAGUAGUAAUUUACCAUAUGAUAACACCUUAUAUUAUAUCUUCAAAUAAGGGUGUUAUCAUAGGAAAGUUUAUUGAAAUGGGUUUAGUCACAUUAGUCCUAGACAUUCUAGUAGAUGCUGAUAAAAGCAUGUGCGAGAAAGCACUAGGGGUGCUCGAUGGCCUUUGUCGAACAGACAAUGGCCGUCUUGCAACUUAUAGCCACGCACUGGCCGUGCCAGUGGUGGUUAAAAAGAUACUUAGAGUUACUGAUUUAGCGACCGAGUUUUCGGUUUCUAUACUCUAUAGGCUUUGUGAAAAUGAGAAGAGAGAAAAUGGAGGUGUUAUAGUUGAAGCUCUUCAAGUUGGUGCAUUUCAAAAGCUUUUGCUGAUUUUACAAGUGGGUUGGAAUAUUAAUGAGAGGAUUAAGGAGAAGGUUACCAAGUUAUUAAAGGUCUUGAAUCUUUUCAGAAAUAAGGUUGAGUGCAUAGAAUCAAUGGAUUUUAAGAAUUUAAAGAGACCAUUUUAAUUAGAUUAUAUUACUAAUUAUUUUUAUUAUUUUUGGAGAUGAUAGAUUUGUUCUAUUAGUCUCUAUAAUUUUGCUGUACAGCAGAUUAAUUUUUUAGCAUACAUUUUACAUUUGCAAGAAUUAGUGUACAAAUUAAACAAAAGCAAUAUACUAGAGAUAUACCAUUCUUUGUCAAUAUAUUAGAAAUAUCAUACAAAUUAAAUGACUAACCUUUUUGAGGUUUAAUUUUGUGGGAAAAAUCAUUUUUUCAU